AUGGCAAAGAACAUCGACUCUUUCGAACUACUUACGACCCGAAUCGGACGUCUGCGGAUGAAAAGAUGUGGUCCAACACCAGCUUUGACUAUCUUCGUCGCUUACGCUCAAGCUACGAAGAAGAAGAAGUCGAAGCUUUCUAUAUGGACCUGGAGAAGUUCUACCGAGAAGAUCAUGCCUUUUACAAGGAAGAUUUUCCUUCACAAGAGAGCAGAGAAAGCCGCCAAGUUCGGAGAGAGAAAUCCUAGGACUAUCAUCAACUGGGAUCUCUUCGCUACGCUAGCCGACUUUUGGGAACAUUCCGAAACAGACAACAUCGACGAGGAAUAUGACCGGCUUGUUGAACACCUUCACGACUGCGCAAAGAAGUCUGAGAGUUUUAAAAUCACCAAGAUACGCCUGCCUCUUGAAACUCUUGUGCUGAUACACCAGCGUGAAGCUGCGCGAGCCGCAGGGAACCAAGAACUCAUGUCCGAGCUAGCAAGACUUUGCAGAGAGGCAAUAAAUGAAGACCUUAAAGAGAGAGGAGCAGAACUGUUGGCUGAAACUGCAGAGGCGGGAAAAAGCAUCCGCUUUGCCCGUCAAAACUUCGCCAGUCGCAAGACAAGGAUGACUGCCCUUCAGAACCCGAAGGGAACAACCACUGCAUCGAGAAGGGGGAUGGUGAAAAUCAUCUCGACUUCUACUCUGAUCUCUUCGACAGCCAUAGGUUCUCCCGUCCGAAAUACGACAUGCUAUCAUGUCGGUAAGAAAUCGUACGGCACCCGGUCCCGACAGAAUAAGACCAGAACACCUGAAGAACCUUCCGCCAGUACUCAUCAACACCCUGGCGAGGCUCUUUUCACGUCACCUGUCGGAAUGCAAGGAUUGAAAAAGUCUUGGAAGAAGGACAGCCAUGCGAGCAAACAGGCUUUCGAAAAGGCACGAUUGACCACAUUCACGCUGUUUCGAAAAGUACAAGAUGCCGCUCUGUCUUACCUUCAUCGACUUGAAGAAGUCCUUCGACUCAGUUGA